UCAUCAUGCAGAGAAUAAGAAAAUUAAUAGACGCGUAAAUUUUUCUAAUUGCAUUCUUUGUGGUUUGUUUUUGUUGAAAACAAAAAAAGUUAAUACUAUCGAUUCAAAAACUCAAAGUCGGUAUAUUAGUGUGUUAAAUAACGAAAAAAAUUUAUUUGCACAUAAGCGUUGCACGCUAUGGAGCAGGUUGCACAUGUAGAAGCGUGCCGCCUGUGCGCGAAUUUCUAUGUGACCGGUGCUGAGGUCGAAUUUGUACAUCUCUUCCAACCACUGACCGGACUUGAGGAGCAGUUGCACUUUGCACGCACCGAAUUGAGCAAUUGGCACUUGCAGAUUUCGGGCGAUGAUGGCUUGCCACAGCGUAUUUGUGCAAAUUGUUUUACACAAUUUUGUAAUAUAUACGCAUUCCGUCAGCAAUGUGUGUUGGCACAACAAAAGUUGUUGCAAUCAUUUGUGGGCGUUGGUCUGAGCGCAGACAAUGCAACUACAGGCGAAGCUAAACAACAACAGUCAAGCUCAAACACUGAUUUGACCAGCGACAGUGAGCUGCUGAAUGGGUUGAAAAUGGAGGCACCCGUGACCAGCGCAGAAUUAAUGGCCAGUUUAGAUUGCUUACAAACGCCCACCACCAGCGCUGACGUGAUCGCCAGCUUAGAUGGCAUGCAGCUGCCCGCUAGUGUGGCGGAGACGCUCUCCAUGCUCACACAGGAACUGACUACCAUGCAAAAUGGCACAUUACUGGAUAAUAGCGCCAGCUCCAUAACCACACAUGCUAAUAUGGACACGAAGACGGCGCAAACGAAUGUUUUGCAAUUCAAUGCAGCUACAACAACACAAAACAUAUACUAUACACAGCCGACGCCAAUCACCACAGUGAGCGCAGACACCAAUACGCCAGCGACUUUAGUGACGACCAGUGACAGCACGCCAAAGCGUGCUACAAAAUGCAGCAAAGCCAGUGAUAUUGAUUUGGAGGAAAUGCUACAGGGCAGCAUUAUACAGAAGAACAACAAUUCUUCCACAGAUUUGAAGGCUGCAGCGCAAACUGACGACGCAGCAGCACAGCAGCCCUACCCCAAUUAUAAUGAGCUGUUGGAAGAUGAUAUGGACCUUAUCUCAUGCUCCGACCCCGAGGACACACACGAAAUGGACGAGCUCGAGACCGAUGGGGACCCCUCCACACAAACGCGCAUCUCACGCAACCCAUUCGCCUGUCAAUACUGUUACUGCCCGAACUCCGGCUCCAUCGAUCACCUGGUCUUCGACAGCGCCGAUGCGCUCUCGCAGCAUUUCUUCGACGUACACGACCCCAAUUUGCCCUACACAUGCCCGUAUUGCCCGCAAAAGUACAGCUCCGUCAAGCAACGCGACUAUCAUGUGCGGCUCAUACACCCGACCGCCGCCAAAUCCGAACACUGCAACUACUGUAAGAAAACGCUACGCUCGCCAAAAGAAUUACACGAGUUCAACUGUCAAUAUGUAAGCAAUUGGCAUUGCGAUACGUGCGAUCAGCGUUUUGUGCAAGUGCCCUUGGGUCGUUUUCGCACGCAUCAGCGUCAUCACGCCGCCAGCAAGUUUAAAUGUCGUGAUUGUGCGCGCGUGUUUGUGCGUCGCGCCAAUUUGGUCGCACAUGAGCGUAUACACCGGCCGUCAGUUCAACACGCGAUACAGUGCGAUCAAUGUAAAGAAGUAUUCUCCAACGAUUAUGAGGUGCGCCGCCACAAGUAUCAAGCGCAUGAUGGCGCUUUGCCAGUGCGUUGCGCCUACUGUCACAAGGGUUUCGUCAGCAUGGCCUUUCUCAGUCGGCACACGCAACACUUCCAUCCGGAGAAGUUGAACCACACCAAUUUCGCGUCCGCCACCUGCAGCAAUUGCGGCUGCGCCUUCAGCUCCAUACACAAAUUGCGUCUGCACCUGCAGCGACCGCGCGACGAGAACGGACGCUGCAUUGAGUUGGUGCGUGAAGUCACGCCAUAUCAGGAGCGCGCACGCCAGCUACGGCGACCGCGUCUGCACUCCUGCCAUCACUGCAAUAAGCGCUUCUCCACACGUGCCACGCUCGAAAAACAUAUGACCACACAUGAGGCCGUCACGUAUGGCUGCAACGAGUGCACGACCACCUUCGCGAAUGCCAACGAGUUAAAGCAGCAUGUCAUGCAGUUGCAUGUGAAGCCACGCUACCUCAAAUGUGAGCACUGUGACAAGCGCUUCUGCUAUAUGCGCGAAUUGCAACAACACCAGAAAAUACACAUCGCCGCAUUUGAAGACAAAACGCUGCACUGCCCCGUCUAUAAGUGCGGCUUUGUGGCCUCCUGCGCACAGGAAGCACACGAUCAUGCCAUACUGAAGCACAAGCUCGUCGCCUGCGAGUACUGCGAUGGGCUCUUUGCGCGCAAUCGGCUCUCAGUUCAUGUACGCACCACGCAUGCCGCCCAAAUUGGUGUAUCUGAAUCGAAUAACAAUAACAAUACUGAAGCUAGUGUGCACAGCUCAUUGGCGGCACAAAACGAAGACUCUUUGGCCGUGGCGAGCAUACUCGACAACAAUACACAUAACCAAAGCAAUGAUAAUGACAUUAUGGUAUCAUUUGAGGAUAGCGCCAACAGUGGUGGCGAGAAGGUGCGCGUUGAGUUGGUACAUCAGCAGACGCCAAGUAUGAGCAGUUUGGUGCUGCAAGAGCAAACGUCCAACACUUUUAAACCACUCAUUCCAACGGCCGAUGAAAUGGAGCAGAACUUCCUAAUGAACAAUUUGCUGGAUCCGGAGCAUGAGAUCAUAGUCACAUGAUAGACUGUAGACGAACUGUUACUGUGUAUGUAGUUGCGACAGUUAAUUUGAAAAACAAACAGAAUUUCCGUAAGAAGUAUUGGCAACGAUUUAGAAAAACAAAAACAAAUCGGUGUGACCUUAAAGUGAAUAUCUCGUAGCAUUAUAACUUAAAAUAAUUGGUUUUGACAAUUCGAUAUUAAUUUUACAAAUAUGUUUAGUUAUCCAAAGAAUUUAUUUUAACAGUUGUUUCUUACAGCCAACAAAACAGCUAAUGAAUUAAAAAUAUGAAUGAAUUGCAAAUAAUGCAUUUUAAUUAAGUAAUUUUCGUAAGUUAAGUACUAGAAUUAAAGUAUUUUCAAAAUAUGUUAAAAAAAACCUAUGAAAGAAGUAAAAACAAAAAAAAAACUACUCGUAACGCAGAAUUCUACCUAGGGAACGCAAUCAACCACAACUUUACAGCAAGCAAAUAAAAAAGUUAUAGCAAUUAAAAACAAAAAUUAAUUCAAAAAGUUGAAAAAUGGGUCGCAGCUUUAAACGAAUAAUGCAUACCUAUUUAAAAAAAAAAACUGUAAAAAAGUAUGGGCAAAGUUUUUCAAGUAAGACAAAUUCUAAAGACAAAGUAUAUUAAUUAAAAUUAGUAAAUAAUUUGAAAAAAAACGAUGCUGCAACCAAAAUAUUGAAAUGGUCGAUGUUUUAAACAUAAAAAAUGCAUGUUCGAAAAUUCGAACUUAAUUCGAAAAUACAUAUUAACCGCAGAAACAUAAAAAUAUACCAUUAACAAUUCUGCAAACAAAAUUUUUGGGCCUAAGUAAUGCAUAAAAUAAGUUUUGAAUAUGCCAAUAAUGGCUAACAAGUAAUUUACAUUUAGUAAUUGUAUUCGUUAAAAAAUUGCAUAACUGCAAAAUAUAAGUAUACAUACAUGGGCCGCUUAAGGCAUGAAUCUUUUGCAAUCAGUAAAUAUCUUUGAAAAAGAAAUUAUUUUCGAAAAAAAAAAUUUUUAGUACGUCAAAACAUAUUAAAAUUACACUUUUUUUUAUUCAUGUAUAUUUCUGUUGCUAAUAAGAUUUUUCGCAUAUUCGAAAUCAAAACCAUUAUAAACAUUAUUAUUAUUUUUUUU